CGGAGGCGGCGCUCAUUCCGCGGCCGGGAUGCUGCUGCCGCUGGGGCUAGUCGGGCUCCUGCUGCCCGCGGCGCUGGGGGCUGCUCCGGGAGCCGGGGCGCUGCGGGAGCUGGAGGCUGCCCGGGACCCUGCGGCCCUGGAGGCGGCUCGCUUCGCCCUGGAGAGCUACAGCCGGGCAGCGGAGCAGCGCGGGGGGCCGGCCCGGCUGGGGACCAUCCGGCGGGCGCAGGCCCAGGUGGUGAAUGGGAUCAAGUACUAUCUGGAUGUGACCCUGCUGAAGUCACCAUGCAGCCACUAUGGAUUCACAAACCAGGAUGCCGCCAUCUGUGAAAAUUCAGUGGAGCCGGAGCAAAUAUCUUGUCACUUUGAGGUCUGGAGUCAGCCAUGGAUGAACAGGAAGAGGCUGGUGAAGCAGGAAUGUCGUCCAGCUGAGCCAUCAGAGAAGGUCCAAAGUGCAGCCCCCCUGGAGCCAGAGGAGCCGGCUCAUGCAAAGACACCAGAAGAGCCAGUUCGCUUGGAGGCCCUUUCCCAGAAUGCAUCCGUCCAGCUGAUCUCACUGUUCAAAGACUUCCUGACCACCUACAAGAAGAGCUACAAGGAUGAAAGAGAAACCGAGAGGCGUUUGCAGAUCUUUGCGGAGAACCUGGAAAAGGCUCAGACGAUCCAGGAGCUGGACCAGGGCACGGCCGAGUACGGAGUCACCAAGUUCAGCGACCUGACGGAGGAGGAAUUUCGCUCCCUGUACCUGAAUCCGCUGCUGGCUAAACUCCCGGCCCGGCCCAUGAAACCGGCUGCCAUCCCCAGCGACCCGCCUCCUGCCGAAUGGGACUGGCGGGAGCGUGGGGCCGUCACUGACGUCAAGGACCAGGGUAUGUGCGGCUCCUGCUGGGCUUUCUCUGUCACCGGCAACGUGGAAGGACAGUGGUUCCUGCGCCGGGGGUCUCUCGUCUCACUCUCGGAGCAGGAGCUGGUGGACUGCGAUGGACUGGACCAUGCCUGCGGAGGGGGACUGCCUUCCAAUGCGUAUGAGGCCAUUGAGCGGCUAGGUGGCCUGGAGACAGAGGGUGACUAUAGCUACGAGGGCCACAAGCAGAGCUGCAGCUUCUCUGCCACCAAGGUGGCUGUCUACAUCAACAGCUCUGUGGAGAUCUCCCGCGACGAGACUGAGAUCGCGGCGUGGCUGGCGAAGAAUGGACCCAUCUCCAUUGCACUCAAUGCUUUCGCUAUGCAGUUCUACAGGAGGGGGGUCUCCCACCCCUUCAGGCUCCUUUGCAACCCAUGGAUGAUUGACCACGCGGUGCUGCUGGUGGGGUAUGGGACACGUGACCGCACCCCCUUCUGGGCCAUCAAAAACAGCUGGGGCAAGGACUGGGGCGAGCAGGGCUACUACUACCUGUACCGGGGCAGCAGAGCCUGCGGGAUGAACACCAUGUGCAGCUCAGCUGUGGUGGACUAGACACUGCAGGACCUCCCCCACCCCACCUCCCUGUGAAUCCCCUCCUCUGUGUCUCACUACCCUGCCCCCAGUCACUGCCCCAGCCCCCCGGCACCAGCCGAGCUAGGGCCUGCUAGCUUCCCUAGAGCAUAGGAGAGGGACUUGAGAAGGGGGAAGGGCCCUGGCUAAGCUGGGGGAGAUGCCACAGUGUGGAAACGCAAAGGGGCCGGGGAGAGACUUGACUUGGGGCUGGCUGAUCAGCAGGAUGGGGGAGGCUGUGCCAUGCCACCAGGGGGCGCUCAUGCAUGCAUCUUGAGCCCAGAAGGGAGCCCUCUGCCCUGGAGAAUGCCACCCAGAAAGAGCUGGGCUAGGAUUUCCACUGCAGAAUUUGUCCUUAUGGGCCAUCUCCCAGGGCUGCAUCUUUGCAAGCUCUCCCACUGCCAGCUGAGGUGAGUGGGACAGACUUUGUGGAGUGAAAGGCCACCUAGAGUGGGCUGCUGGUGGCACUGGAGCUGCUGCCCAAUCUAUGCUACAGUCCCUUGGGCCUCCUCCAGCCAUGGGUUUGUGCAGUAUCCUGGAACGGUGUGCCACUCAUCUCGUGUUCCUCCCCCUGCCCCACUGAGCUGGAACCAGGGGUCUUGGCUCCCAACACGAGGACUGCUUUUCAACCCACGCUCUGGAGGCAGCUCGCUCUCUCCUGGCAGAGAAAUGUUCCCCACCUGGUUUGCUUUCAUUGGUGGAUUCAACACAGUCCCUGCAAGCUGUGCCUGUUCCCAUCUGGGGGGGAGGCACUCUGAAAAGCUGGAAACCCUAAUUUCCAUAUGCCAUCCCUGGCCCUAAUUCUGAUACACUGCCCCUGGCUGGAGCUGCUGCUUCUCUCUGGAACAGGAGCUGGGCCUGCUGGUUUCCAUUUUUCUAGCCUGCCUGGCUGGGUCUAUUACAGGGAAACACUAAGGAUUAUGCUAAAGAUGGGGCAUUAAGCCCAUGAAACUGACCAGUCUCUAGAUUCUGCACCCCUCCCUGCCAAAACCAUUUUUGCUCCUGUCUCAUGUCUUGGGGCAGGGGUUUCAAAAGCUUCAAUUUUGGGGGUGGGACCUUGAAGGAGCCUGGGUUUACAAAGGACAGGCCCUUGAGUCACACUCCCACCCAGCUGUGGCUUUUGGAAAACAUUAAUUGCGGUGCCCCAAAUUCUCCUGGCUCUCAGAGAAAUGGAGGCUGCUUUGCAGGAGGGUAGACUAGACUGCAGGAUACAGCCAGGUUCGGCCCGAGACCAAGCCUGCCCCUAAAUCCAGCCCUGGGUACAGCCAGCUACUGUUUAGCUGAGAUUUCCUCCCCUGGCUCUCCUUUCACUGCCAGGUGGGCAGUCCUCCCUCUGGGCUCCCCUUACAGGGCAGAGCGGAAGAAAAGCUCCCUUAAAUUCCAGAGCUCAGUCCUGGCACCAGCUUGCAUGUGAGCAGGGCUGGUCAGCCAGGAAAUCUCUCUUGGAGGCAGCAGUUCUCUGGGAGGGUGGGGGAAGGGAGCUUGGAGCACUGCAUGCUGGGAGUUAUAGUCCACCCAUUCACACACGUGCUGUAUUUUUCAGGUUUCAGAGUAGCAGCCGUGUUAGUCUGUAUCCGCAGAAAGAACAGGAGGACUUGGGGCACCUUUUUCAGCCACUCUGGUGUUGUAAUUUGGCUCUGAGCGAAGAGAAUCCAGCUUUCCUUUAAUGCCAGACUGGCUUUCCCAGGCUCCCAGACAGGAGCGUUAAUAUCCUGCCUGGAGCUGGUCAGAAAAUAUUUGAUUUUUUUCAGUGGAAAGGUGUGAUUUUUAAAUUUUUUUUCAAGAACGCAAAAAAAAAAAUUGAUUCUGAAAAGCUGCCAAGCUGGGAUCCUUGCAUCUCCCAUGAUGCAUUGUAGUCUCCCCUCUUGCUGGCUAACCCCAGUGUCUCAUGGGAGUUGUAGUUUAGGUGCUUCUUGUGCCCAUUCUCCUCUGCAGGCUGGGAUCCUUACUCAGGCUAACCUCCCAUGUUACACUGUGCUCUCCCCUUUUGGGGAGGCAAAGGUGGUGUGUCAUGGGAGAUGUAGUCUGGGGAGCACAGUCCGUAAGGGGGAAUAGGGACACGAAGCGUCUGAACUGCACUCCACUGUGGCGUUGUGGUAGCCUGUGGGAACUGGAAUAUUUAGUUGCCAAACUAUUUUGAUUGCCGGGUGUUUGGUUUUUUUGACGCAGAAACAAAAACAAUCUAGAUUUUUUUUUCCACCAAAACCAGAUCGUUUUCACGAAAUAUUCCUUUCGGUGAAAACGUAAUUUCCUUCAGGAAAACCAGGUGGGUCAGACAAUUUUUGCCCAACCUAUAUGCUGCCUCCACUGCAGCCUUGUCCCUUCCCACGCAGGGGGUGGGCAGGUGCAGUCUACACUAGGCCUCCUGGCUUCUGCUGCCAGCUCUGCUGCUGCCAAUCUGCGUGGUCUGUGGGCAAGUCCCUUCUCCUUAUCUGUACAGCAAACAUGGGCUAUACCCCCUCCCCCUCCCCGGGGUGCAAAUUCAUAUAGGAAGCCCUUUGUUCAGGCAAAGUGUUAUUGUCAGAGUAGGUGAUCAAAGUUGGGGAAGAUGGGGGGGGGAAGCUCUGUGGCUCCCUAUAUCUCCUGCCCCACGCCCCAAGCACUGGUGUAAGUCCACAGUAGGAUAUGGUCGAGUAGGCCUAGCUGUGAUCUCGCUGCUAAAACCGUUCCAUUACAUUUGAUUCUUUCCGUUUCGCAGAGCCGCACGUAGCACAGGUUGGGGGCUCUGAAUGAACGCUGCUAGAGGCUCGCUGCAGUAUUUCCCCUCCGGGGGCUCCAUGGUCAAACGCACUUUGCAAGUGGAUUUGCACAAGGCAAGGGGGCAGUAGCCUUUUGUGAUUCUGCUUUAUGCCUGCCCGGGAAGGAUCUAGUCCUCCCAGUGUGUUACUGAGUGACUGGGAUUUUAGUGCCAUAUGUUACAUCAUCACCAGCCCAGAUCUCUCCUAAGCAAUAAAGAAAAGCCUGCAGGUUGUUGGGUUUUUUCCCCCUCCAUUCUGGAAACUCAGGACUGAAUUAGCUGAUCGGGGUUCUGGCUCACGGACUGAAAUGGCACAGAAAGGGGGCUAGAGUUCUGAUCCUUUGUGGGACUGAACCCCUGCUUAAAAGAACGGGCACUUGUCCCAGAUAGACCACAGCAAGGAAGCUGCAUGUACAGGUAGGACAAAAGUUCAGCGCACCAUGGCCUACCUCCCAGACGUGGGAGGAACAACGGGCUGCGGUUUGUUAAGCACUUUGCUUUUGGAGGAUGCUGUUACAAGCAGAGGAGCAAGGAGGGGGUGUGUGAGAGGCUUUUUGGUGGCAAAGUUGGAUUUUCCCCCUUGUCGUUUGCAUGGAGAAAAAUUCUGCUGGUUUUGUAACAGAAAAAUGCGAAGGGCUGUUCUCUGUGCCCGAUCUGUGCACCUGGAGGAGAGGGAGGGCAGGCUGGGCCUGCCACAGAGCAGUUGUAGCAGGAGCUCAGAGCAAUGCUGUAGGGUUUGAUGUUCCUUGAUCUGCGUUGUACACUAAUAAUAAAUGAUGAACCCAG